UUUCAGUCCCCUGAUCAGUAGAAUUAGUGUUCGGGUUUCACCUCUGUGCUCACGCGUAGGAACCUCUCGGCCAACUUCACUUCGCAUCACCCACAAAUUUCCGAGCACCUCUGAGACUCGAGUCAAUUCACUCUCAGGAACACCUGAUCACGUGUGUUAUAUUUCCUUGUGGCGGCCUUAAGUUACUCGAGCAUCUCUGCUCACUGGGAUCAGUGACCUGAACAUUUCGCCCACGGGCUCCUCUUGGGGCGGCCCGGAGCCUCACAUAUUUUCACGUUUCUUGACAGCUUGACUUAGAUCCUAAAAUUUAAACCCGUGUGAUUUCCCAUAAUUUUGGGAUUCGAAAGAACCAACAGACCCGUGGUACUCGUCACCGCUACUGGGGCACCUGCUCCACAACUGCAUCGACAAAUUUCUUGCUUCUCAGUCUGGCCUUGGAGCAAAUACGGUCGCGAUGUCUCCGAAGAACUUGGCCCACCAGCAGAACAUGGAGCUGGGUUCCUAUGGUCCACCGAGGCGCGGAACACACGGUUCUAGGGACGCCGCUGUCUUAGCGCGAUUGGGAAAGAAGCCAGUACUCAAGCGGAACUUUGGGUUCAUGACAAUUCUGGGCUUCAGCUGCGCCGUGUUAAUCACUUGGGAAGCUACCGUCACUGUGUUCCUCCAGGGAUUUCAAAAUGGUGGUCCUGCUGGCCUGGUCUAUGGCUACCUCGUCGUGUGGGCUGGCACGAUAUCGACCUUUGCGACCAUGUCCGAGUUAGCGUCCAUGAUGCCUACAUCCGGCGGGCAGUAUUUCUGGGUCUCUGUCUUGGCCCCGAAGUCAAGUCGGAAAUUCGCAGGAUAUCUAAUCGGCUGGCUCACCAUCACCGGCUGGCAGUCCCUUGUUGCCUCGGGUGGAUUUGUAACGGGGACUAUGAUACAAGGAUUGAUCCUCCUCAACCACCCCGAGUAUCUCUCGAACAUGCAGAAUUGGCACGGCACGAUGCUGUUCUGGGGAGUCGUGCUUGCGGCCUUCAGCAUCAAUACGAUCUUUGGGAAGCUCCUCUCCAGGUUCGAGGGUUUUAUCCUAAUCCUGCACAUCCUCGGUUUCUUUGCUAUCCUCCUGCCGCUGGUGUUCAUGUCGAAGGAAAGGUCAGACGCACAGGCAGUUUUCCUCACCUGGUUAAAUUUGGGUGAAUGGCAGACUCAAGGACUCUCCUUCUGCAUCGGGAGUCUCGGGACGGUCUUCGCAUUCCUUGGUGCAGACGGUGCUAUCCAUAUGGCAGAGGAAAUCCGAAAUGCGUCUGUCGUCAUACCAAGAUCCAUCCUGACUGGUAUAACGAUCAACGGAUCCCUAGGUCUGGCCAUGCUCAUCGCCAUGCUAUUUUGUAUGGGCGAUAUCGAUGCGGCAUUGGAGGAGAAUCCCUUAUAUCCAUUCAUGGCUAUUUUCAAAAAUGUUACGGGCUCGACCGCUGGGGCGACAGUCAUGGCUGCUAUUGUGGUAAUUAUGUCCGUCAGUGCCACAACAGGUAUUCUGGCCUCGACGUCUCGGCUGUACUGGUCCUUCGCCCGUGACCAUGGACUGCCCGCAUCGUCAUUCCUCUCCAAAACUAGCGCCCGUACCAACGUCCCUACCCGAGCCGUGAUCACUACUACAGUUAUCGCUAUCAUCCUCUCACUCGUCAACAUAGGCAACGCCACCGCAUUCAACGGCGUGAUAUCAAUUUCGAUCGCUGGUCUCUUCGGAUCCUACCUCAUAGUCACCGCCUUAUUGCUCUACAGGCGAAUAACCGGGGCCAUCCGCUUGCCGAGUCCAGACGACGAUGACCUCGAUCUCGCCAACGCCCUCGACUCCCCCCUCGUGUGGGGACCGUGGCGUCUACCCGGCGUCUUGGGAAUUGUCAAUAACAUGUUUGCCUGUGCCUACCUGAUAUUUAUAUUCUUCUUUGCGUUCUGGCCGGCCGUCAAUAACCCGGAUGUGGCCACUAUGAACUGGGCAGUUCUGGUCUUUGGGGUUGUUAUUAUCUUCAGCGUAGUCUAUUACCUUGUAUGGGCAAGAAAGAUUUACACCGGUCCGAUUGUGGAGGUAUGAAAAAUGUGACAACGGGCUAUGAGCUUGAGGAGUGCAAAUGGUUUAAGACUUGGGGAUAGAAAUUUUGUAAAAGAACUUUGGACAUUUCACAUCGGUGGCUUAAACAAAUAUGUGAGUGAUGACAAAAGAUUCCGACAGCAGUGAAAAGAAGCUGGAGCAUUCAAUUGGUGCUAGAUUCCUUCAAUUCAAAUAUUACCUCCUA